AUGAGUCUGGCUAUGAGUGCCGAAGCGGAUGCUGAUGGCAUUGCACCACUGCCCAGGCAACGACUCACGCCCUUGCUGGAAAAGCGCUGGACGGCCGUGGAACAGACUCGCCUGGAUCCAAAGAGCGAGCUGGAGCGGCUCGAGGGGAUCGAUCCGGAUGUGGAUGAGGCCAAUGCUAUGCUGGUGGAGUCCUUUCUCAAUGUGAAACGCUCUCUGGGAGCAGAGAUUGAGGAGGCAACUUCGCAGCGGUCCAAGGAAGAUCCAUCAGCGUCCAGCUACUUCGUCUCGAAGCCGGGCGUCACAACACCCAUCCCGUCAGGUGGUGGCUUAAAGAAAGCCGGCUAUCAGGUCUUGAGCGGCCUGCCCGGAGCCCCUCUGAGUGCCAGCGCCGAGAAUGCGUCGGCGUUGGGAAGUGCCUACUCUUGCGCCACGGAUCUCAGUAGCGCCGUACGGUGA